AUGGGUGAUCCUUUUUCAUAUAAUGGUGGUUCAAUGCUUGCCAUGAAGGGUGAAUAAUGUGUAGCAAUAGGUGCUGAUCGUCGUUUGGGUGCAUAAUUCCAAACUGUAGCCACCAAUUUCCAAAAGGUUUUCAGAAUCUAAGAUAAUAUUCUUUUAGGUUUGACUGGUCUUGCAACUGAUGUUUAAACAUUCCACCGUUUAAUUUAAUAUAAAGUAAACUUAUACAGACUUAGAGAAAAUAAAGACAUGAAAGUUAAUACUUUUGUAAAUCUUAUUUCUGCUACUCUCUACGAAAAAAGAUGGGGUCCUUAUUUUGUUUCACCUAUUGUUGCUGGUUUAGAAUAUGAUGAAGUAAAAGGUGUUAUUCCAAUCACUGCUACUUAUGACUCUAUCGGUUGUACCUCUAUUGAAGGAGAAUUCUAAGUUGGAGGAACUGGUGCUGAUGGUUUAAUAGGUUCUUGUGAAUCCUUCUGGAGAAAAGGUCUCAAGCCCGAUGAGUUAGAAGACAUCGUUGCAUAAAGUUUAAGUGCUGGUUGUGAUAGAGAUAUUCUUUCAGGUUGGGGUGGAGUAGUCUACACAUUAACCAAAGACAAUUUAUCAGUAAAAGUACUUAAGACCAAGCAAUCUUGA